CGCAGGCGGAGGUUGACAGGUCGCGGCGGGGAGGCGUCGGCGGCCAGCCGGUCGCCCGGGACGGCCAUCUCAUGGGGAACGCUACGAGUCACAGCAGCGAGGACGAAGCGGCCGCCGCCGGCGGGGAGGGCUGGGGGCCGCCGCCGCAGGACUGGGCGGCCGACGCGGGUUCGACCCCCGGCCCGGGCCUGGCGGCGGCCCCGGCGCUGCCCUCGGCCGCGGCGCUGCUGGAGCCCGCGCGGCUGCGGGAGGCGGCGGCGGCAUUGCGGCCCGCGCCGCCCUGCGAGUCGUUGGUGUCGCGGCACCACGGGGCUCUCCUGCGCUGGCUGGAGGAGCGGCUGGGCCGCGGCGACGAGUCCGUGACCCUGGAGCAGUUCCGGGAGCUGCUGGAGGCUCGUGGCGCGGGCUGCUCGGGCGAGCAGUUCGAGGAGGCCUUUGCCCAGUUUGAUGCUGAGGGUGAUGGUACAGUUGAUGCUGAGAGCAUGCUGGAAACCCUCAAGAAUUCCAGCGGAGCCAAUCUUCAGGGGGAGUUGAGUCAUAUCAUCAGACAACUGCAAGCCUGCUCCCUCGUUCCAGGUUUCACAGAUAUAUUUUCGGAGUCAAAGGAAAGCCUUGACCUUCAUGCGUCGAUGAUCCUGCGCUUCCUGCACCGCAACCGCAUCUGCAGCACAGUGAUCCCAUACCCGCUGUUGGAACACUGCAACAACGUGUGCGCCAUGCGAUCCUCCGUCCUGAGGGAGUCCCUGGAGCAGCUGGUGCAAAAAGAGAAGGAAAGCCCUGGAGAUUUAACAAGAAGCCCAGAGAUGGAUAAACUUAAGUCAGUUACCAAGUGCUAUGCAUAUAUAGAGACGUCUUCCAACCCCGCGGACAUUGACAAGAUGACAAAUGGAGAGACAUCCUCCUACUGGCAGUCAGAUGGCAGUGCCCGCUCACACUGGAUUCGCUUGAAAAUGAAGCCAGAUGUUGUGCUGAGGCACCUGUCCAUUGCAGUGGCUGCCACUGACCAGAGCUACAUGCCACAGCAGGUGACAGUAGCUGUGGGGAGGGGUCCCAAUGACCUUCAGGAAGUCCGAGAUGUGCAUAUCCCCAGCAAUGUGACUGGCUACGUGACACUGCUGGAAAAUGCCAACAUCAGCCAGCUCUAUGUCCAGAUUAACAUAAAACGUUGUCUUAGUGAUGGCUGUGACACCAGAAUCCACGGUCUCAGGGCUGUUGGCUUUCAGAAAGUGAAGAAGUCUGGAGUGUCAGUCUCAGACGCUUCUGCAAUAUGGUAUUGGUCACUGCUCACGUCUCUGGUGACAGCAUCCAUGGAGACAAAUCCCGCAUUUGUCCAGACAGUACUGCAGAACACACAGAAGGCCCUGCAGCACAUGCCACCACUUUCCCUCUCACCGGGAUCUACAGAUUUCUCAACUUUCCUCUCUCCCAAUGUUCUGGAAGAAGUGGACAGUUUCCUCCUAAGGAUAACUAGCUGCUGUUCUACACCAGAGGUAGAACUCACCCUUCUGGCUUUUGCGCUAGCAAGAGGAAGUAUUGCCAAAGUGAUGAGCUCUCUGUGCACCAUCACUGACCACCUGGACACACAGUACGACGCCUCUUCCCUCAUCUCAUCCAUGGCAUCAGUGAGGCAGAACCUGCUCCUCAAAUAUGGUAAACCUCUCCAGUUGACUCUUCAGGCCUGUGAUGUCAAAGGGAAGGAAGAUAAGUCAGGCCCUGAAAACCUUCUUGUGGAACCAUGGACAAGGGACGGUUUUCUUACAGAGAGUGGAAAAACCAGAGCAAGCACUAUUUUUUCUACAGGAACUGACUCUGCCAUCCAAGUUACACAAAUCAGAAUUAUGGUCCGACGUGGUGGCAUUGGUGCACAGUGUGGGUUAGUGUUUGCCUAUAACUCACCUUCUGACAAAUUCCAUGCAGAAGAACACUUCAAAAGAUUUGAAAAAUAUGACAAGUGGAAGCUUCAGGAGCUCAGGCAAUUUGUAAAAAGCAGGAUUGGUUGCUCACCUGCUGACCUUGGAGAGGAUGAUCCUAUUGGCUGGUUUGAGCUGGAGGAAGAGUGGGAUGAAGUGGAUGUGAAGUUACAGCAGUGCAGAGUUGCCAAAUACUUGAUGGUGAAGUUCCUCUGCACGCGUCAGGAAACUGCAGAGCGUUUGGGAGUGCAAGGCUUGACUAUCAGCGGCUACCUCCGGCCUGCAAGAGCAGAAGCAGAGCAGAGCAUCCCUUGUGCCCGCUGCAGGAAAGACACAGACAGUGUCUGUGGGGCCACGCUGCUCCUCAGGACCCUCCAGUUCAUCCAGCAGCUUGCCCAUGACCUGGUGCAGCAAAAGGAAAGUGGCUUAAAAUAUAAAUCUUUUCUGGACUUCGCGGGUCUUGAUUUGCAGAUCUUCUGGAAUUUUUACAGUAAACUAAAGAAAAACCCGAGGGAAGACUGCAUCUGUGCCCAGACCUUGCUUCUGCAGCUGCUCCAGAGCUGCUUCUCCGUGCUGCAAAGAGACGCACUGGCUGCUGCAGAGGAGGGAAAACCUCCCACCCAGAGCCCUGAAGCUGUGGCAGCUGCCAAGGAGCUCUACAUGCACUUGUGUGAUGUGGUGGAUCAGGCGGCGGGAGACUCGGUGCCCAUGGAGAUACUGAAACAGGAAGUGAGGAACACCCUUCUCAAUGGGGCUGCCGUCUUUUUUCCUGACCGACAGACCCGACGGAACCAUCUCUUCACCAUGAUGAAUGUCACUGAGCAGGAGCACAAGCAGUCCCUUCAGCUCACUUUCCGUUCACUGUGCACGUAUUUCAGUGAUAAGGAUCCAGGCGGCCUUCUGCUGUUACCCGAGAAGAGCAACCUGGCCGACACGAACGUUGUCGAAGUGCUGGCGGUCAUGAACACUCUGCUCUCUGUUGCUGCCCGAGAGUGUGAGCUGGUGAUGCUACACGGGGUGCAGGGCGAGUCUGGUUCCGUCCUCUUCUCCCUGUUCUGGUCCGUCCAAGGCAGUCUGCUCUCCUGGUGCUACCUGCAGCUGAAGAGCACCGAUUCUGCAGCCAAAAAUCUUGCUGCAGACCUUAUUGAAAAAUAUGUGGGGCAAUUUCUGGCCAGCAUGAGAAUGAUUUUGGAAUCCCUGUUGGCGCAGUAUAAUGGAAAAACCAUAGUUGAAAAAUUAUGUAAUUCAGUGUUUUCCAUGGCAGCUCGACAACUGGUCAUCUUCCUGCUGGACUUAUGCCCCUUAGACAUUCCCCACUGCACGCUGCUGAGGGAGGUCAGCACCCUGACGGAGCUGCUCAAGAAGCUCUGCACUGACCCUGCAGGAGGAUUGAAUAAGCUGGAUGUGGAGACCUGGCAGCAGGAGCAGCCCGUGGUGUUGCAUACAUGGACCAAGGAAUCUGCCCACAACUAUGAAAAUAACUGCCAUGAGGUAUCUGUCUUUGUGAGCCCAGGAGCAACCUAUUUUGAGGUGGAAUUUGAUGAGAGGUGUGAAACUGAAAAAAGGUACGAUUAUUUGGAAUUCACUGAUGCUAGAGGUGGAAAAACACGCUAUGACACCAAAGUUGGCACUGAUAAGUGGCCUAAGAAAGUGACUUUUAAGGCUGGUCCUCGGCUACAGUUCCUCUUUCACUCUGACAGCAGUAACAACGAGUGGGGCUACAAAUUCACCGUCACUGCUUAUGGCCUGCCGGAUGUUGCUGUGUCUUGGGGGUUGGAUUUACAGCUCCUUGUCUCCAGACUGAUGGGGCGCCUGGCUUCCCAGUGCAUGGCACUCAAGUCUGUGCAUCAGCUAGGAAGUAACAUGGCAGUUCCCCAGGCAAAAAUGGCUUUAGUCCUGAACUCGCCCUUGUGGAAACCUGUCUUCAGGCACCAGACUUGUCCAGAGCUGGAGUUAGAAGCAAGCUGGCCCACUCACCCACACCAUGAUCGUAAGGAGGUUAAGAACAUCCCUGAUGAUCCCUGUUGCCGUUUUCUCCUUGAUUUUGCCCAGUCAGAGCCUGCUCAGAACUUCUGUGGGCCAUAUUCAGAACUGUUCAAAGGAUUCACACAGGCAUGUAGAAAACAGGCCCUAAAGACAGAUAUAGUUGCUGGUUCCACUAUUGAUCAAGCUGUGAACGCCACCUUUGCUGCUCUGGUAUAUCGCACUCCAGAAUUAUAUGAGAAGCUGCAAAAAUAUGUAAAUAGCGGGGGCAAGGCUGCCCUGAGUGAAGAGUUUGCACAGGUGUAUUCUUUGGCCGAUGGGAUUCGAAUAUGGAUGUUAGAAAUGAAGCAGAAGUCGCUGAUGAACCUGGGCAAUGAGGCAGAAGAAAAACGUGGUGCAGAUGUGGCUGAGGUGAACCCCGAGAGCCUGGCCAAAGAGUGUAUUCAGAAGAGUCUUCUGUUACUAAAAUUCUUGCCCCCUGGUGUAAACUCAAAAGAAAGCAGUGACAAACUGGCUACAGAUGAACCUGACCACCUGCAGCCCCUUGAUAAGCGCCCACGGACCAGCUCUGUGGUGGAAGAGCAUUUCCAAGCCUCCAUAUCUCCCACUGAAACAGCAGCGCCCACCACGGGAGACCAGAGCCCUGGCCUGGACGUCCAGUCAAGGCUGCCGCCUGGCAGUGGCCCCACCUCAGCGGAUGCGUCUUCUGCCGCAGCCGAGGAGCCCUCAUCUCCUUCCACACCCACCCGGCGGCCUCCCUUCACCCGAGGGCGCCUCCGACUGCUCUCCUUCCGAUCCAUGGAGGAGUCCAGACCCGUGCCCACCGUGAAGGAGAAGUACCCCGUACUUAAGGACGUCAUGGACUUCAUCAAAGAUCAGUCCCUCUCACGGGAGAGUGUUGUACAGGUGCUCUCCUUGAAGAAAGCUCAAGCCCAAAGCAUCCUUGAGGUCCUGCGGGUAAUCCAGUACUGCGUGGAGUCCCUCGGGCAACCCCAUUGCUUUCAUCCGCCAUGUAUACUUUUCCUAUUGGAACUCCUGACCUGCCAGAAGGAUUUUACCAAUUAUUUUGGACACUUGGAAGGCUGUGGUGCUGAGCUACAUAAAGAAAUUCGAGACACCUACUAUCAGCUUGUUCUGUUUUUGGUCAAAGCAGUUAAAGGAUUUAGUAUCAUCAAUGACAGGUCUUUGCUGCCUGCCUUCUCCUGUGUUCAGACAGCCCUGCUCCAUCUUUUGGAUAUGGGCUGGGAACCCAGUGACCUCGCCUUCUUUGUUGAUAUUCAAUUACCAGACCUGCUUAUGAAAACGUCACAGGAAAAUAUAAGUGUUCAUGACAGUGUGAUCAGCCAGUGGAGUGAAGAAGAUGAACUUGCUGAUGCCAAGCAGAAUUCAGAGUGGAUGGAUGAGUGUCAGGAUGGCAUGUUUGAGGCCUGGUAUGAAAAAAUAGCCCAGGAGGAUCCAGAGAAGCAGAGGAAAAUGCACAUGUUUAUUGCUCGCUACUGUGACCUGCUGAAUGUGGACAUCUCUUGUGACGGCUGUGAUGAGAUCGCUCCCUGGCAUCGCUACCGCUGCCUGCAGUGCAGUGAUAUGGAUCUCUGCAAAACUUGCUUCCUUGGUGGAGUGAAGCCUGAGGGCCACGGAGAUGACCACGAGAUGGUCAACAUGGAAUUUACCUGUGACCACUGCCAGGGUUUGAUCAUAGGCCGGAGGAUGAAUUGCAAUGUGUGUGAUGACUUUGAUCUUUGCUAUGGAUGCUAUGCCACAAAGAAAUACUCGUAUGGCCACUUGCCUACCCACAGCAUCACGGCCUACCCAAUGGUGACCAUCCGGAUCAGCGACCGACAGAGGCUCAUUCAGCCCUACAUCCACAAUUACUCCUGGCUGCUCUUUGCUGCCCUGGCUCUCUAUAGUGCCCACCUGGCCAGUGUGGAGGACAUGGAUGGGGAGAAGCUGGAUCCCCAGGCCCGCAGCAACGCCACCAUCCUGCGGAGCCAGUGCAUGAAGCUCGUCGGGGACUGUCUGAUGAAGGCUCACCAGGGCAAAGGUCUUAAAGCCUUAGCUCUUCUUGGUGUAUUGCCAGAUGGCCACUCUGCCCCAGAACAUGAGGCCCUCGUAGUCCCGGGACCGUGCUGCACAUCAGAGGAGCCACUGAAGAAGAAGGGGACGCAGACUGCUGAGGAGCCAUCGCAAGGGGGGAAAGCUGGACAUAAGGAAGUCAGCCCUUUAAAGGGCAAGCAGAGAAGUAAGACAGAUGAAGGUGUGUCAUUAAUAAAGGAGCCUUCAAGCGAAACCCCAAUGUCAGACCCACCUGCAGAUGCCAGCACACCUACAGGACUUCCAGAUGCAGAAAAUCCAGAAGUGUUAUCUCAGAAGCCGUUAGAGGAAAAGGCAGUUACUCCACAUCCUGAGCAAGUAUUUGCCGAGUGCUCCCAGAAGAGGAUUUUGGGAUUACUCGCAGCCAUGUUACCACCUUUAAAGUCGGACCCCACAGUCCCCCUGAUCGACCUGGAACACAUCCUGCCCCUCAUGUUUCAGGUUGUCAUCUCUAACGCAGGACACCUGAACGAGACCUACCACCUCACGCUGGGCCUGCUGGGCCAGUUAAUCAUCCGUCUUCUACCAGCAGAGGUCGAUGCUGCUGUGAUCAAAGUGCUGUCGGCCAAGCACAACCUGUUUGCUGCAGGGGACGGUUCCAGUGUCCCGGAUGGCUGGAAGACCACCCACCUGCUCUUUAGCCUGGGAGCUGUAUGUCUGGACAGCCGAGUGGGCUUAGACUGGGCAUGCUCCAUGGCAGAGAUCCUGCGGUCUCUCAACAACGCCCCUCUGUGGCAGGACGUCCUGGCCGCCUUCACAGAUCACUGCGUGCAGCAGCUGCCUUUCCAGCUGAAGCACACCAACAUCUUCACCCUGCUCGUGCUGGUCGGCUUCCCGCAGGUUCUGUGCAUGGGAACUCGCUGUGUGUAUGUGGAUAAUGCCAAUGAACCUCACAGUGUGAUCAUCCUGAAACACUUCACCGAGAAGAACAGGGCCGUGAUCGUCGAUGUGAAAACUCGGAAGAGGAAAACAGUGAAGGACUACCAGCUGGUCCAGAAGGGAGGAGGCCCAGACUGCAGUGACUCCCAGGCCCUGCUGAGCCAGUACUCCAAGCACUUUGCCUUAAUUGCCAGUCACCUGCUGCAGGCCAGCAUGGAUAGCCAUUGUCCUGAGGCAGUGGAGGCAACAUGGGUCCUCUCCCUGGCCCUCAAAGGCUUAUACAAGACACUGAAGGCUCACGGCUUUGAGGAGAUCCACGCCACCUUCCUCCAGACUGACCUGCUCCGGCUGCUGGUGAAGAAGUGCAGCAAAGGGACUGGUUUCAGCAAGACGUGGCUGCUCCGUGACCUGGAAAUCUUGUCCAUCAUGCUGUACUCCUCAAAAAAGGAGAUCAACACUUUGGCUGAACAUGGCGAUCCGGAACUCGAAGAGCGAGGCGAGCAGGAAGAAGAGGUGGAACGGACAGUCAGCAGUCCCGGGGAACCAGAGCGGAAGCUGGACCCACUCAACGGCCUGGAUGAGCCCACCAGAAUAUGCUUCCUGAUGGCUCACGAUGCCCUGAACGCGCCCCUGCACAUCCUCCGGGCCAUAUACGAACUGCAGAUGAAAAGAACCGAUUCUUUCUUCCUGGAGGUUCAGAAGAGGUUUGACGGUGAUGAACUCGCCACAGAUGAGAAGAUUCGGUCCCUGGCUCAGAAGUGGCAGCCUGGUAGGAGCCUACGGCUGGAAGAGCAGAGCGCCAAAGCUGUGGAUACAGACAUGAUCAUCCUCCCAUGCCUGUCUCGGCCUGCACGCUGCGACCAAGCCACUGCUGAGUCCAACCCCGUGACCCAGAAGCUAAUCUCCAGCACGGAGAGUGAGCUGCAGCAGUGCUAUGCCAAGCAGCGCCGCAGCAAGAGUGCCGCCCUGCUGCACAAGGAACUGAACUGCAAGAGCAAGAGGGCUGUCCGAGACUACCUGUUCCGUGUCAACGAAGCCACUUCUGUCCUCUACGCCCGGCAUGUGCUUGCAUCCCUGCUGGCCGAGUGGCCUGGGCAUGUGCCAGUGAGCGAAGACAUUCUGGAGCUCAGUGGCCCGGCCCAUAUGACGUACAUUCUUGAUAUGUUCAUGCAGCUGGAGGAAAAGCAGCAGUGGGAAAAGAUCCUGCAGAAGGUGCUCCGGGGCUGCCGGGAAAGCAUGCUGGGAACCAUGGCGCUGGCCGCCUGCCAAUUCAUGGAGGAGCCGGGGAUGGAGGUGCAAGUGAGGGAAUCGAAGCACCCGUAUAGCAACAACACCAACUUUGAGGAUAAAGUUCACAUUCCUGGUGCAAUCUACCUCUCAAUCAAAUUCGACUCUCAGUGCAAUACUGAGGAAGGCUGUGAUGAGCUCGCCAUGUCCAGCAGCAGUGACUUUCAGCAGGAUCGCCACAAUUUCAGCGGCUCUCAACAGAAAUGGAAAGACUUUGAACUCCCAGGAGACACUUUAUACUACCGCUUUACCUCGGAUAUGAGCAACACCGAAUGGGGCUACAAGUUCACCGUGACGGCUGGACAUCUGGGCCGCUUCCAGACAGGUUUUGAGAUUUUGAAGCAAAUGCUAUCAGAAGAACGAGUUGUGCCUCACCUCCCAUUGGCCCAAAUUUGGGAGUGGCUGGUGGGCGUGGCCUGCCGCCAGACUGGUCAUCAGAGGCUGAAAGCCAUCCACCUGCUGCUGAGGAUUGUGCAGUGCUGCUCCCACAGUGACCUGUGUGACCUGACACUGCUGAGGCCGCUGUGGCAGCUCUUCACGCACAUGGAGUAUGGCCUGUUCGAGGAUGUGACGCAGCCCGGCAUCCUCCUUCCACUGCAUCGGGCCCUCACCGAGCUCUUCUUCGUCACAGAGAACCGAGCCCAGGAGCUGGGCUUGCUGCAGGAAUACCUGCUGGCCUUAACCACUGAUGAGCACCUUCUCCGCUGUGCGGCCCAGGCUCUGCAGAACAUCGCCGCCAUCAGCCUGGCCAUCAACUACCCAAACAAGGCCACCCGCCUGUGGAAUGUUGAAUGCUAGCCCUCGGCGUGUCCUGCAUGGGACCAGCUACCUUGCCAUCGGGGCUGUGGCACAGACCCUGGCUCCAGGUCAGGGACAGUCCUGGAUGGCAGCACACAGCCUCUUGGAGCCGCUCCACCCAGCGCACACUUGCCAGCCCGACCUGUGCAGCUGCACCAAGCAGGGCUCCUGGAAGUGGCAUGUGGGAGGCCUUGGAGACAGCAGCUGAGAGCUGAGCCGCCCCCAGGAUGAAGCUCAUAGAAGCCGCAGAUGCCAGAAAGCCUGGCAGCAGCCUCUCUGGAGAAGCUUUGUCUCAGCUAAGUUGGAGCCGCACGCUCACCACAGGCUGAGACACAGGCUGCCUUCCUCAGCGGGGCCUCCGGCAGCAGAGGCCUGACCUGGGGGUCCCUUGUUGCUCAUGAUUUAAACCAGACCAAACCCACGGGGAGCCCCUGCCAGCCUCUACCGACCACCAGGCAACCAGAACCAGAGCAGGCGGAGUGAGUGAGAGUCCAUGCCCUUGGCAGCCCACAGGCCACCCAUCCCACGUGUCAGCCGCGUGUUAUUUUAUUUCAGUUUCCACUUCAAGAUUUUAAAGCAGAGCCACAAAAAUUCCCUUUAUGAAGUCCUCAGGGGAAUGGCCAGGCACCAGUCACUUGGGCAUGUAAGUUUGUGCUCCAACCAGAGCCUAAAGAAUACUCUAACUUCCACACCUGCAGCUGGAAUGUCCUCCCAGGAGCUCUCAUCGCAGGAGUGAAACAGCACAGCCUGAGGCCACUCUCCCAUUGCAGCCUGCUGGACAGGUCUUCGGCUAGCUGUCUCCUCCAGCAAUAACCUCAUUAGCUCCCAAAAAUGCUGUUUUCCAUUUUCCUUUUUAUGGUUUUCAUCUUGCCCUGAAGUGCUGAUUGUUGUUCUCUUGCCAGACUUACUCUGUGAAGGGUACAGCAGGGCUGGCACGUAGGCCCCGUACCAGCCGCAGUGGGACUAGCAGGAGGGCAGAAUGCCUGCGGCCGCUGCCAUAAAAAAAGAGGAACCAGGGCCAGACUCGAGCAGGAGCCAGCCCAGCCAGGGCCUCUAUGCAUGACCACCUUGCCGCAUCAGAGCCCAGCGUGACCCCUGCCUUCUGAGGACCCCUCUGCAGCGUCUGCAGAGGUCUGGAUUCGAGGGGCUGAAGCCCGUAGAACUGGGGUGUCUUCCUGCAAGGUUUUUUUAGCUGUGUCAGGAAGCCAAGGUACAGCAGCCUCACAGCUUAGAAUCCAGCUCUGAGCCAAGUCCUACGCCUUGAGCGUGGGGCUGUGGUAGGAGUCACGGGCACCAGGCUGGCGCGGGCAGGGCCAGCAAGUUCAGUGGCUUUCAUGUCCCGAUGCCAAGAUGAUGCUUGGCCUAGUGACCUUGGCUUGAAGAGGCGAGUGCUGCUUGCUGAGUGGAAACCCCUGUCCCUUCUUUGCUCAUGGACAAACUGAUCUUGCUUUGCAAACCAUCUGUAUCCCCAAAGGAGGCUCCAUGCUCUGUGCCACUCAGACCCACGUAGCUGUCACCAUGAAGAGCCUCCCCUAAGGGUUGUUAGAGCUGGCAUGUGCUGGGAAGAGGCCCUGCUCUGGUCACAGCCUCACCAGUACGUGGUCUGAAAGGCAAAUGGGAAGAUGGCGCCACCCACACUCUCCACACCUCCAACCCACUGAGGGAAAGGUUCACCAUAUCCCACUUGGGACAGCGGCCACCAGUUCUCCCCAAUGCCCAGCAGCAGAAGCCACUGUAAAUAAAUGCUGGACUCCUUGUAGCUGCUCUCAUAGCCCUACCCUUGCUAUUCUGGUCUUCCCAGUUCUUCAGUUUGCAUGGGACAGGCCUGAGUUUCCUUCACACGCAGCUGCGGCCCUCUGGCCAGCCUCCCUGCAGCCAGUCACACCCCUGCUCCUGGCCACCAGGUGGCAGUGCCGAGUCAGGCCUGCGUGCCCUUCCUGGCCUGGAGCUGCAGCAUCCCAAAGGCUUCCCAUCCAGAUCUCCCCGUCUUGACCCUUCAUGGGAGGCGAGACUGCCUGGACCGAGAGAAACCCGGCAGGAUUGAGGUGUGGUGGAAACAUGUGCCUAAUCUAUAAAGAAAUUCUGUUCCAAAUCAUACAUAUUGUACAGACACUGUUCCUAAGGAGAGGAGUGACUUAUUUUCAUCAUUGUUUUUAAUUUGUUUUCUUACAGGUUUACGAUUUUGAAUUUUUCUUAUUUGGUUGAAAGGAAGAAUUUUGAUUAUAUCAGCUGAGUGAGUUCAGCCUGUAAAAAAAAAAAAAGGAUGUUAAGCUAUGGUUAAAUAUGCAAAUGAAGAUAAAUAUAUUGUACAAAUUCUAUAUAAAA